UAUCCUCCCACCUCAUUCCCCCACUCCCUGCCCCCUACAACCUUUGCAAUCUCUCUGUGACUCAUAUAAGUCCAUGCAUCUCACUGCUACCCUGGCCAGGGCCACCUUAACUCAGUGACGUCACGUCGCCAUGGAGACAGGCUUACGCUAAAAGGCGAGUGAGGUAGAAGAGCUGGGUGGAGGGGGCGGGGGUGCUAGUUCAGCACCACGUUAUCUACAGACGGUGAUCAGUGGCGGACUCUUCUGCAGCACUCUGUGACUUGACUACGCUCGGGCACCUGCUUUGCUAAGGACUCCACUUAAGUGCAUCGUUUUGCUGCUCCCUUUGGAGAAGUCAUAGGACCGGGACAAUAUCUGGCACUGGUCGGUGGCUGUUUGUAAGUGGCAUCAUGAGGAUUUAUGUGUUCUCUGGAAGAUCAAAUGAGUCAUCUUACUGAUAACCCUGUUAUUAAUCUUCCUGCGACAAAACCUUCCACUUUGUACCACUGACUGACCACCAUGACUGAAUGUCCAGACUGCCGAUUCAGUAAUCUCACCUGGGAUCAGAUUACCAUUCUUGAUCAGGUUUUGACAGAGGUUACACAUAUUCAUGGUAGAGGAAACUUUCCAACAAUGGAGGUGAAGCCGAAAGACAUUAUACAUGUUGUGAAAGAACAACUACUGAAAAAGAAAAUCAUUAUAAAGGACAUUCGUUUGAAUGGAUCUACAGCAAGUCACAUUCUAAUAAAACAGAAUGGAACAAGUUGUAAAGAUCUAGACAUCAUUUUUGGUGUAGAACUUCCAGGAGAGCAGGAAUUCCAGACUGUUAAAGAGAUUGUCUUGGAUUCUCUUCUAGAUUUCUUACCUAAAUGUGUUAACAAGGAAAAGAUCACCGCCUUAACUAUGAAGGAGGCAUAUGUUCAAAAGAUGGUUAAGGUUUCUACUGACCAUGAUCGCUGGAGUUUAAUCUCUUUGUCAAAUAACAGUGGGAAAAACGUUGAACUAAAAUUUGUCAAUUCGCUCAGAAGGCAAUUUGAAUUUAGCGUUGAUUCCUUUCAGAUAAUACUAGAUUCAAUUUUGAGUGUUUACACAGAUGAUAAACAUGAACUAAAGCAAGAAUCACAUCCUACAGUUGUUGCAGAGAGCAUGUAUGGUGACUUUAUGGAAGCCAUGGAGCAUUUGAGAUGCAAGCUUAUUGCAACAAGAAAUCCUGAGGAGAUCCGAGGUGGAGGCCUUCUUAAAUACAGCAACCUACUGGUUCGUGAUUUCAAGCCUACAAGUGAAGCAGAAAUCAAAUCCCUGGAACGUUACAUGUGCUCUAGAUUUUUCAUCGACUUUCCAGAUGUGACAGAACAGCAAAGAAAGAUAGAAUCUUAUAUGCGCAACCAUUUCAUUGGAGAAGAGAAAAGCAAGUAUGAUUACUUAAUGACACUGCGUUCAGUGGUGAAUGAAAGCACAGUCUGUCUCAUGAGUCAUGAGCGAAGACAAACUCUUAACAUGAUUACUAUUCUAGCUUUGAAAGUCCUAGGAGAGCAGAACAUCAUCCCAAACACAGCAAAUGUUACAUGCUUUUACCAGCCUGCUCCUUAUAUGAGUGACAGGAACUUCAGCAAUUAUUACAUUGCUCAAGGACAACCAGCUAUCUACUACCAGCCUUACCAACUUCACAUACACAUGCAGAGUGGGCUGGUUUAGUAUGCACUUGAGAACAUUGCUGAAAUUCAAGUCAAAAUCCCUAUCACUAAAUGACAAUUUGCAAAAUGCCACUUUAAGUAAAUACUUAAGUAUUCAAUUAGUAGACCAUUAUACUUGCCGCCAUGGUCCACCUUUUACCACUUAAUUUUAACAUUGUUAACUAUUAUUAUGAAGACCAUUUGUGUUUUGAAAAAAAUGUCUACCAAUGAUUCUUCAAAUACUGUGAUAUAACAAAAGUGUCUCUUACUGCAGAAAUAUAUAUUUUAGUAACACAGUGCCAAUGACUUUAGGUGCCAUAAAUGUCUAGCUCGUACAAAAGUUUGUUGAUUCAAACAGUAUAAACAGUGUGGGGUUAUAAAGGGUCCAUGGGGAUUCGUCAGUUUUCUCUGUCAUGUUCGCAACAGUUUGAAUUUUUAUCUAAUUUAUAAGCUUUUUUUUCUGAAAUCCUUUUUCAACCAGAAAGUUCUCAACAGUCAGUUCAUAAAAUUAUCAAAAAAGAAACAAUUCACAAAUCUAAAACUGUAAAUUUUUUGCAAUCAUUUUUACUGCUCAAAGGUAACACUUUCUUCUAGGUAUAUUUUUUUCUGUGGUUAAAUGCUCGCUACAGCUGAUGCUGUAAUUAUAAUUUCGCACAGUCUUAAGUGCUCUUCAUUCAUCCCCUGGGCUUCACCUAUGUACAAGUUUGCAGGUGUUGCUAAGCCUUGAAUUCAUUUAGGACCCAUAUUAGUACUGAGUAAAAUCAUUUCUUGCAUCCAAUUUAAGAUUAUUGUAAGAUUGUUUCAGUAGACCCUAAUAUACAAUAAUCUUUAAAGAAAUUAAAGACCAGCGUUUGCUGCUUUGAUCAGAGCACUACUUUAUGGGAACAGAUAUAAUAAAUUUUUAAUAUAUGAGAUAAUGCAUACUGUACAAUUUACAGAUAUACAAGCAAAGAGGAUUUCUUGAUUUGAUUCAAAGAGAACUAACGGUAUAAUCACUGGGGGGUGCCAAAGUGUUAGCCACCCCAAGUGCUUAUAAUUGCUUACCUGAUACCUCAGCUGGUGCUCCUAUUAGCAGAAAACUGCACUGGCCCAGGGUAUUUUUGUUGAAGCUCUUCUUUCACCACAGUCUUCUUCUACCUCUGUUUCCUUUUCUUUGGGCAUUGCAGAUGUACUGUAUGUGCAGUAGAGGGGGAAAGUCAGCUUUUGGUGUCUAAAUUCAGCUUUGACUCUAGUCAAAAGCAAAUGUGCCCACCAGGAUCAGAAUGAAGACAAGAUCAAAAAAGCUGAGGAAGAUGGUGGCAAGGCACAUUGACAAAAUUACUAGUUUUUAGCACCAGCUCUGGGUAUCAGAUAAGCGAUUGCAUACCUCCCAACUGUCCCGUUCUCACAGGACAGUUCAGAUUUUAACAGCUUAACCCGCAGUCCCGGGUUUGUUACUGAAAUGUCCCAUUUUUCUCUUUGAUCUCCUGCACUGAACAGCCAGAAAAAGGUACAACGUUUCUGACAUAAUUGGCCUUUGGCAGAGAGCCCAGAAUAGAUACUUAGAUACUUUUGUAACAAUUUAAGAUAAGCAAAGAAGCAACUAUAACAAUUUAAGAUAAGCAGGUCUAUUGGGGAAACAGUGAUUUGCAGCAAUUCACCUUCAUUAACAAAACUGUAAUAACAAAUAAAAACCACAAAAAUGUGUUCAAACUUUCAUAACCUGCCAAAUUUUGUAAAAUGAACUUGGUGCACCAAAUCUUUUUGGCCCUCUUUCUAUUUCCAAAAUGUUGGGAGAUAUGCGAUUGUAGCUAGAAGGGGUGCCUAAUAUGAAUGUAUAAGGACAUUACAUGCCUUGUAUAUCAUCAGGCUAAGCAUAGUCAUAUUAUUAUACUCUUUGAUCGAGUGUUAUUUUACUAUGUCAGAAAUUACAGAAAUUCAGUAUGAAAAUUCCACCUAAACAAGCUGAACAUAUCACUUCUUGUAGGGACACACCUAAUCCAGGAUUUGGCCGAAUCCUCGUGCCUGGCUGAACUGAAUCCUUAUUUGCAUAUUCAAAUUAGAGAUGGGAAGGGAACUCACGUAAACUUUUUGUCACAAAACAAGGAAGUA